GUAUAGUACUCUGGCUUGUCACGCAAAAAAAAGUAUGAAAAUACAUCAUUUCUUCCGAUAAGUUUUGAUUAGAUUAAUAAGGAACGUCUUGAAAAGUUAUGUUUUGCACAGUCAGUAUCAAAACAACCAUCCAUCGGUAAGAUUAAACGUUAGCGAGUGUGAUAAAAAGCUUUGUCAAGUAAGGUCACCAUGUUCUUGCGACGCGUCUUAAGUUAUCAAAAGCUGGUGGUUCAACGAAGCUUUUCCACCCAUUUGAAAAAUGAGUCAAAACAAAUGGACAAUUUCCGUAUCGAACCUUUUACCGACGCUAAUAAGCAUCACGCUCUUCAAAUACUCCUACAGUCAUUUACGCGCGAUGAGCCGCUACUGCAUGCAUUAGCCGUUACCGAAGAACAGGCAAAACCAACGUUGGAAUCAUUGUUUCUUGAAACUGCCGUUAGAGACAAAAUAUCAUUUUUGGCCUACGAUAAACGCACGGAAGAAGUAGUCUGUGCUUACAUCGGUUCAUUGCAUCGUCGUGAUACCGUUCAUGACGAUUAUCAAAUGGACGACGUCAAUAAUCCAAUGGUUUAUGUAAUGGAUUUCUUGGACGUCCUCGGCAGUGGCCUUUGGCAAAUUUUACCGAAAGAUGUCGAUAUCUACUGUAAAAAUGAUAUCGCAAGCGUCCAUCCUGAUUAUCGUGGUCAAAAAUUGUUUCGCACACUUAAGCACAUGUGCAAUGAGAAGGCACAACAACUUGGAUGUAAAUAUGCAGUUUCGCUAGCCACAUCGUACCACAGUCAAGUAUUGAACGAUAAACUGAAUUUUCAAACUCAUCGAUUCAUUAAUUACUGUGACUAUCGCGUUUUGGGUAAAUCGGUAUUCGCCAAUGCUCCAGCUCCACACGUUUGUGCAAAAUUGAUGAUAAAGAAAUAUUAGAUAAUAUGAAGUGGUCAUUCGAUCAUUACAUUGCAUUGUGUAUACGUCGUGAAAAAGGGGAGUGGUUCAUUUCUCGUUGAAAAUAAUAAAAUAUCGCAGGUCAUCCUAAACAGUGAGCCUUCGACAGUUAUUAUGACGUCAGCAUAUUAUGUUGUCUACUUAAUUGUUAUACGGAUUUAUUUAGAGUGUAAAAAGUGAAUAAAUGUGGAGGAGCAGAGAAAAAACAGA